AAAAAUAGGCUGUGACUUAAUGGCAUUAUUUUUUCCUUCACUUAUUGAUGCUAUUUUUCCCUGAAAGGAAUUAUGCUAUUUUAUUUAGAAAAAUAGAAAGGGCUUUCUUCUUUAAUCUAUAUUAGUUUUCUAUUUUAAUUUAUUACUGAAUUGUUUUUAUUCGUUUAGCAAUGACUUUGAUUACUGUUAAAUAAAUAUAAAACUAGUUAAGCCAUUUUUAUAAAUUCUUGUUACUCUGUGUUAUAAUGAUUUUUCUUAUUGGCAUUUGACAAAAGAUAAAAAAAAGAGAUUCAGAUUCAAUCAUCCAUUAAUGUCCAUUCAAGCCAAGAGAUGCACCUACACUAAGUGAGAAUGAAUUCAGUUUUUAUAUCGCACGCUUAACUUUCAAUCGAAGUGAAAAUAUAAUAUUUGACCUUUAAAAAGAAAAUUGGUCGUUGGACUGUAGAUUCAAUAUCGCUGUGCCUCUAAAAUUUGCAACCCGUAUGCCUAGUAAUGGAAAUGGCAGGCGCCAUCGUUUGUCAUCUUGUUAUUAGCAUAAAACAAGUGAAUAUCAGAAGAGAGAAAAAAAUGCUCGAGUGCAAAAGAAGACUAACCAUUUGAUAUAUUCCUCUUGCUCACUGGCCGGCAACAGCUAGAAAGACUACAUUGGAUGACGAAUAUGAUAUGCGUCUUAUUUUCGCAUAUUCUUGUUCAGAGUGCAAUCUUGAUUAACCUCAUAUGAGUUUUCUUGGUAUGAUCUUUCCUUCUUUCCUAUGCAAGAACUGAUUUCAAUGGUUAAACAUAUCAGGUGUCUUCUCAGUUGGUACACUACUAAUAUAUGCAUAUUCAUUCUCAUGAUCACACUCAGAGUUCCAGUUUCUCAGCCUCUUGAGGUUACUUGCACCCUUGAUUUGUCAUUUUCAUUACCUGAUUAUUACGUCUCCAAUUGUAUAGAAGGAGGUUGGGGUGGGUUCCUAUCAAAAAAUUGCUGCGGAUCAACAUUUCAUGCCUACCUCCAUUCGCUGGGCCGGAGAGCGAAUCGUACAGGUUUUAUAUACCUAGAUUCUGAUGAGCAAAGGAGUUGUUUAGAUGAGAUGGGGAAAUAUGAAGCUGAAGAUUUCAGUUGUGGGAUUGACAAGCUGACGAGUGGAGGUGGAGGCUGUUCUGACUUUUCUGUUGCCAACGUUACUCGUAGAUUGGGAGGGAAACUGAAAAGAUUGACAGAAAACUGUAAGUUCGAGGAUUCUGAUAAAGAAUCUGAUCAAUCAUGCCGUUCCUGUGUGAGCAGUUGGCAGGACAUAAAAGGACACCAUUCCAGCAGCAAUGCUAAUAUUUGUAGGUUUGCUGUGCUGGUUGCACUAACAAGUACUAGGAUUGACGACAACUCUUACAUCAAUAGAGUUUACAGAUGCCUUGCGAAUCAAAAUAAUGACACUGAAUCAGCAGAAACAGCAGUCAAAAGCAAGCCCAAAAUUAGCACAGGUAUCUGGAUUUUAAUUGGGUGCCUUUUCGCGGCUACAGCGAUGAUAAUAACUAUUGCCGCAAACAUUGUGUCCAGAAGACGUCUUAAAUCAAAAGUUCCAUUGGAAAAGAAUGCAUUUAAGAACCUGCAACUAGAGAAUUCUCGCUGCCCGAAGUUUCCACUGAGAGAAGUUUAUUUAGCUACCAAUAAUCUAAGUGACGAGAAUCUCAUUGGUGAAGGAACUGCAGGAAAGGUAUAUAAAGGUGUGCUAUCAAAUAGUCAGCAUGUUGCAAUCAAGCACAUCAUCAAUGAUGGAAAUAGAGAAACUGUCGUCAGGGAAGUUACAAGCUUAUCACAUGUGAGACACCCAAACCUUGUCGCUUUACUGGGAUGCUGUAUAAGAGAAGAUGAGUGCUUUAUUCUCUAUGAGCUGUGCCCCAAUGGCAAUCUGUCUCAGUGGAUUUUUGGGAAGGAUAAGAUUUUAUCUUGGAUCCAACGGCUUCAGAUUGCGAUUGAUAGUGCUCGAGCUCUUUGCUUUCUGCAUACAUACUCAGAAGGCUGCAUUGUUCACCGUGAUAUCAAGCCAACAAACAUUCUCCUAGGACAAAAUUUUGAAGCAAAGCUCUCAGACUUUGGGUUGUCCAAGGUUAUCAGCCAGGGAGAGACCUAUGCAAGCUCAGAAGUAAGAGGAACAUUUGGAUAUGUUGAUCCUGAGUACCAAAGUAACCGCCAAGUCAAUUCAUCAGGGGAUGUCUACAGCUUUGGAAUAGUACUUCUACAGAUCCUCUCAGGAAAAAAGGUUAUCAAUAUGAAUCUGAAGAAACCAAUGCCAAUAGAUAAAAUGGCAAAAGCCCUGACGAGAGGUGGCAGCAUAAUAGAAUUUGCUGAUCCUAAGCUGGAUGGUGAGUACUCAGCAGAAGCUUUUGUUCUCAUAUUUAAGCUCGCAUUGUCAUGCACGGCACUCAAGCAGCUAAGGCCAUCCAUGGAGCAAGUUGUUAUAAAAUUAGAGGAAGCCCUCGUGGUAUCAACGAGGGCAAGAGCCUCUACUCCUGAAACUACACCAAACCGAUUUUCAAUCCCACAAUAAAAAAAAUGCUUUUACACAAACAUGUAAUGAGUUGAUCCAUUGUAAUAAACUCCAAUUUUUCUUUUUGUGGUUAGUUUCAUAUCUUUAGUUUAAUCAGAUAUGAAACUUUGAACUGGGAAGCUUGCAUAAUCAAUCAAAACCCAUAUAUAUAUAUAUAUA